UGUCUCUCCCGGCGGCUGCUCUCUGUGCUCUCAGAGAGGAGGAGGAGAGAGAGAGACACACAAACAGGGCAGAGCAUACGUUCACCUCCAUCCUCGACUGCAUCGACAGCAUCACAGUGCCCCCACCACCACCAUCACCGUCCAGCAAACAAUAGGCGCUCUCGCUCCACCCCGUCUAGGCAAUAAUCGCUCCAUUGUCAGCGGAAUCGGCAUCAGCUGCUGCAUCAUCAGCGGCAGCGUCGGUGUCAUCGUCAGUAGCAGCAGCAGCAGCCGUAGCAUCAGCAGCAGUAGCAUCAGAAUCAGUAGCAUCAGCAGUAGCAAUACCAACAUCAUCACCAGAAGCAGCAGUAGCAUCGGCAUAAAGAGCAGCAGCAGUAUCAUCAUCAGCAUUACCAUCAGUUGCGCGAGCAGUAUUAUCAUCAUCUGCAUUACCAUCAUCAGCAAGCAGCAUCAGCAACAAGCAGCAGCAGCAUCACCACUGCCAGUCGGACGAGCAUCAUCAGGUGAAGAGGAGGAGGAGGUGGUGGUGGAAGAAGAGGAGGAGGUGGAGGAGGAGUCGUGAUGAGGUGGACACGGGGAGCACUCAUCGGGCUCUGGGCGCUCUUCGCAGGUGCACGUCCAGCACCGGCCGCAUCGCCAGGUGACUCGUGCGAGGAGGUGCUCCUGGCCACUGCGUUCUCCGCCUCCUCGGAGCUCACAGGCGCUCACGCGCCCAGCUACGCGCGCCUCAACCGACGAGAGGGGGCUGGAGGCUGGGCCCCUGCCGCCGGGGACCCUGCCCCGUGGCUGCAGCUGGACCUGGGCUCGCGUGUGCGCGUGACGGGGGUGGCCACACAGGGCCGCUACGGCUCCUCCGAGUGGGUGCAGCGCUACCAGCUGCUCUACAGCGACGGCGCCGGAAACUGGAGGCGCUACCAGCGAGACGACAACCUGUGGGGCUUCUCCGGCAACGAGAACGCCGACUCCGUGGUCCGCCACGAGCUGCCGCGCCCGCUGGUCACGCGCUUCCUGCGCUUCGAGCUCCCCGGAGGGGGGGCCCCGGGAGACGCGGUGGGGGGCCAGGCCGGAGACGCGGGGGGCCGGCCUGGACUCAGGGUCGCCGUCUACGGCUGCCAGUACAAUUCGAGCGUGGCCUACCUGGACGGGCGCAGUCUGCUUUCGCUGCGCUUCGCGAGAAAGACGGAGCGCACCAUCAAGGACGUGGUGGCGCUGCACUUCAAGACGGGCGCCAGCGACGGCGUCCUGCUGCACGGGGAGGGCCAACAGGGCGACUACCUUACCCUCGCGCUGCACCGCGGGCGGCUACAGCUGCACAUCAACCUCGGCAGCAGCGCGUCCCGAGGGGUGAGCGGCCACACGCUCGUGUCGGCGGGCAACCUGCUCGACGACGAGCAUUGGCACGCGGUGAGCGUGCACCGCCACGGCCGCUACGUCAACCUCACCGUGGACCGACACUCGCGCCACGCGCGCACCAACGGCGACUUCGACUACCUGGACCUCGACUUCCAGGUCAGCUUUGGCGGAAUGCCCGGAGCGGGCAAGUCUGGCCCGUCCGCCAAUCGCUUCUUCCGCGGGUGCCUGGAGAACGUCAUGUACAACGGCGUCAACGUGAUCGACCUCGCGCAGCGGAAGAAGCCGGCGGUGCACGUGACGGGCAACGUGACGUCCCGCUGCCUUGACCCCGGCUCGACCUCCGUGACCUUCCCGCGCCCUGGCUCCUGGCUCCGUCUCGACGCUCCCCCGGGCCUCGCCUCCCUCUCCUUCUCCCUGGAGCUCCGCACGUGGCAGGAGCGCGCCCUCCUCCUCCACCUCCCCCUGGGGGGCACGGCGGGGGCGGGUGGCGGGGGGGCCGCGGGGGGGGGCUCCCUGUCCGUCGUGCUGGCCGACGGGCAGGUCAGCGUGUCGGUGCGACAGGCACGCCGGACCAACGCCCACAUCACCGCAGGGUCGGCCGUGAACGACGGGCAGUGGCACUCGGUGCUGGUGGAGGCUCGCCGCAACUUCCUCUCGCUCGUUCUGGACGGAGAGCCCUCGACGGCGAUGCACUCCAACAGCCAGCUCGACAUCGUCACGGGUGACCACUGCUACCUGGGAGGCUGCCCGGACGCGACCUCGUGCCCUGUCGCCACCCUGCCGCCCUCCUUCCUGGGCUGCGUGCGAUCCGUCGUUGUCCACCAGCGGGAAGUCGACCUCCGCCUCCUGGAGCGCGGCAUCCUGGGGAAUCACUCGCACCUGCAGGUGGACACCUGUGGGAUCCUGGACAGGUGCCUCCCCGACCACUGCGAGCACGGUGGCCGCUGCGCCCAGACGUGGGACUCGUUCUCGUGCCAGUGCGAGGGCACGGGAUACACCGGCACCACCUGCCAUCGCUCGGUGCACGAGCGAUCGUGCGAGGCCUACAAGCAGCUGGGCCGCUCCUCCGGCCUCUACUCCAUCGACACGGACGGCAGCGGCCCCUUGGGGCCCGUGCAAGUCUUCUGCAACAUCACAGAGGACGCGGUGUGGACGACGCUGCCCGCGACGCCGCGGGGUGCCACCGCGGCCGCCUCGGUGGUGGCGACGGCGGCGGUCGCCGUCUCGGGCUCGAGCCCUGAGCGGCCGCACGUGGCGCGCUUCUCCUACAACGCCACGGCCGAGCAGCUGGCGGCCGUGGCGGCGCAGGCCGAGAGCUGCGAGCAGCAGGUGGACUACUCCUGCCGACGCUCGCGACUCCUCAACUCGCCAGAGGGCCCCCCCAUGGUGUGGUGGGUCGCUCGAAGCGGUGAGCGGCAGUCCUACUGGGGCGGCUCAAGCCCCGGGGUCCACAAGUGCGCGUGCGGCAUCGAGCGCAACUGCACGCAGCCCCGCGUCCACUGCAACUGCGACGCGGACCUGCCCGUCUGGCAACGGGACUCGGGCCUCCUCACCUACAAGGAGCACCUGCCGCUGCAGCAGCUCGUCAUCGCGGACACGAACCGCACCAACUCCGCCGCCUCCUACCGCGUGGGUCCGCUGCGUUGCCACGGCGACAAGGGCCUCUGGAACGCGGCUCUGUUCACCAGCCAGUCGGCCUACCUGCUCUUCCCCACUUUCCGCGGGGAGACGAACGCCGACAUCUCCUUCUUCUUCAAGACGUCGGCGUCACACGGGAUCUUCCUCGAGAACCUGGGCCUGCAGCACUUCAUGCGCAUCCAGCUCAAGUCCCCCCAGGAGGUGAGCUUCGCGUUUGACGUGGGCGACGGCCCCGUGGAGGUGACGGCCUCCAGCCCGCGGCCGCUCAAUGACAACCAGUGGCACGGCGUGCGCGCCGAGCGCAGCGUCAAGCAGGCCUCGCUGCAGGUGGACGCGCUGCCCGCGCGCUCCUUCCAGGCGCCGGCACACGGCCACACGCGCCUGCUGCUCAACAGCAAGCUCUUCGUGGGAGCCUCGGCUUCAGGCCAGCGCGGCUUCCUGGGCUGCCUGCGCGCGCUGCACAUGAACGGCGCCGCGCUGGCGCUGGAGGAGCGUGCGCGCGUCACCGAGGGCGUGGAGCCCGGCUGCACUGGCCACUGCAGCAGCUACGGGGUGCUGUGCCGCAACCGGGGACGCUGCGUGGAGCGCUACAACGGCUACAGCUGCGACUGCACCCACACGCCCUUCCACGGACCCUUCUGCAAGCAAGAGGUGGGCGCGUUCUUUGAGAUGGGCACCCAGGUGCGCUACUCCUUCCCGGAGCCCGGCCUCGCCGCAGACCCCCUGGGGUGGCAUCAGCCGCAGCAGCCGCCCCCUCCCCUGUCCGGCGGGGAUCAGCGCGGGGAGCUGUCGGGGGAGCCGGGCGAGGGGAGUUGGCCCGGAGCGGGGCUCGGCGUGGAGCCGGGGGACCGCGUGCGCUUUGGGUUCAGCACGACGCACGCGCCCGCCGUGCUCCUUCACGUGAGCUCGUCCGCACCCGACGAGUUCCUCGCCGUUCUCCUGCAUCGCGACGGGAGCUUACACGUGCGCCUGGGUUUCGGGAGCACGGAGGAGUCAACGACCUCCGUGGCGGUGGACGUGCGCAACCUGACCAACGGGCAGCCCCACCUCCUCAACGUGACGCGCCUCGGAGCCGACCUCUACGUGCAGUUGGAUCACUACCCUGCGGUGAGGCACGUCCUGGCCGUCGUCGCGCCGAUCCAGAUGACCUCUCCCCGCGAGCUCUACCUCGGGCGCGUCCCAGACUCGGGCGGCGUGGACGCGGAGGUGCUGCGCGCGAACUCGCCGGGGUUCAGCGGUUGCCUGUCGCGCGUCGAGUUCAACGGCGCGGCGCCGCUCAAGGCGGCCCUGCGCUCGACCCCGCCGCCCUGGGUCACCGUGCGGGGGCGCCUUCUGCAGUCGGGCUGCGGCGCCGUGCCCCUCACCGUGCCCCCGGCCUCCAGCAGCACCCAGCCGUGGGCGCACGGCCUCGAUGGAAUCAACGGAGCGGGCGAUGGGGAGCGCGUGUCGAAGGGGAACAACACGAGAGCGGCUAUUAUCGGGGGGGUCAUCGCUGCGGUGUGCUUUGCGCUGCUGGCGCUGCUGGCGCUGCUGGCGCGGUGCAUGCUGCGGCACAAGGGCACGUACCACACGCACGAGGUGAAGGGCUCCGACACGGCCGACCACGGCGACUCGGCCAUCAUGGACCACGACCCGGCUUUCUCGGAGCCCAUCGAGGAGAGCAAGAAAGAGUGGUUCAUAUGAAGGCGCCAUCUCUCUCCCGUCCCCACCCCCUUUCCUCCGCCCCCUCCCCACGUAUCCAGGGGGGGGGGUGGGGGUGUUGGAGGGAGGGGGUUGUUGGUUCGCGGUCUUUUUUUUUUAGACAUUUGGGAGAAGUCGGGGAAGGGAGGGGAGACGGAUCAGCAGCGUGUCAUGUUUUACGACAAUGUACGAUAAAAAAAACAUUAAGUAUAUAUAAAAUUGUUCUGAUUUGGCACGAUACCGACAAGGAGCUAACCCAAACAAUUACGAAUCACAGUGUACUCCCGAGAGAGGGUUUCAUAUGCCGAUCUCGGAACAACCAAAAACAAAAAACAAGGAACGUCAAAGGCUGGUGUUGAGUCGCGCCCACAGUGGCGGUGGUCACGCUGACGGCUCACAGCAAACAAGCGCCUGGGCUCGAUUCCCCGACCUCGCGUGGUUUUCCGUGCGUGGGUUUGUGGCUUCUGCGCCUUUUCCCCACGGGUCCCCUCCGGGUUCUCCGGUUCUCUCCCGUGGCUAAAGAAAAGAAGGGGAGAAAAAAAAAACAAUCUUAACCGGGUGUUGGCCAAAAUCAUCCCGAUGCUGAAAAAUCGCCUGCGGAAAAAUGUUUCCGGUCGUCAAUUCGGAUUACAGCGGUGGCAUCGCUACCCCCAAGCCUGUGGCAGGACCCUCCCAAUAAAUUCCAGUCUCGAGACUCGCGGAGCCUUUAAGCGGGCUACACAAGCGUCGUAAACGAUAAUAAUAAUAAAAUAAUGUUAAAACGACGCAUCGGCAAGGGUUUUCCUUUCGUACAAAGUAUACGUUUCGUACGCAAUUACAAGUGGCCAAGAGAUGUUUGGUGGUACGCGUAGCGGCUGGUGGGGGCGGCGGGGGGUUACCGCCUUUCCGUGCGGCUGUUUGAGUCGUUACCACCGCGUACACGCGCGGGUUUUCUCCGGGUCCUCCGGCUUUCGCUCCCACGUGGUGAAGAAGAAAAAACCCGAAAAAAAACCGAAUUUAAAUACAAUUGGCCAAACAUCGCAACCUCGGCAGGACCCCUCGCGAUAAUUGAGUCUUGAGGCACGGCGAGGCUCCCACCUUGAACGUGCGAUGCGCGCCUGACACCAAUCGUUGGCGAGCGUUGUCGCGUUCGGGAACAUUUGGAGCCCCCACUACAACGAUGUUUUGUAUAAUGGUAACGAAUGUUUUUUUUUCUAUUUUCUAGUUCGGAUCGAUCCGCCAAAAAAAAUGUUGCUUCGCCGGAAACGAUGUAAAACACGAAGUGAGGUUUUUGCUGUUGUUGUUGUUGACUGUGCACCGUGCACCGAUCCCAACUGGGACGCACCGAUGCAGUCUAUCGACUUUGAUGCACCAAUAUAAAUCUAUCAAUUUCGGCUCACCAAUGUAAUAUUUCGACUGGGUUGCACCAAUGUAGUCCAUCAACUAAGACGCAUCAAAGUAAUCGAUCAACUUGGAUGCACAAAUGUAGUCAAUCAACUGAGACCCAUCAAAGUAAUCGAUCAGCUUGGAUGCACAAAUGUAGUCAAUCAACGAAGACUCACCAAUGCAAUCUUAUUAACUUGGACUCACCAAUGUAAUCACUCGACUAAGACGCACCGAUGUAACCGAUCAACUUGGACUCGCCAAUGUAAUCAAUUAACUUGGAUGCACCAAUGUAGUCCAUCAACUAAGACGCAUCAAAGUAAUCGAUCAACUUGGAUACGCAAAUUUAGUCAAUCAACUAAGACCCAUCAAAGUAAUCGAUCAACUUGGAUGCACAAAUGUAGUCAAUCAACUAAGACUCACCAAUGUAAUCUUAUCAACUUGGACUCACCAAUGUAGUUAAUCAACGAAGACUCACCAAUGCAAUCUAUGAACUUGGACUCACCAAUGUAAUCAAUCGACUAAGACGCACCGAUGUAAUCGAUCAACUUGGACUCGCCAAUGUAAUCAAUUAACUUGGAUGCACCACAAUGUCACUUAUAUCCCCCCCCCCCCGCAAAAGAGGACACGUGGUGUCACGCAGCAUUGGGAGAUGCCACUUUUGUACGCAAUGAGGGGGCGUUACGUUAUUACGCAAUGUUUAUGUUGCGUUAUUACAUGUUAACGUUACGUUAUUACACAACUUUACGUUAUUACACAAUGUUUACAUUACGUUAUUACACGUGUACGCUACGUUAUUACACGUUUACGUUACGUUAUUACGCAACGGUUACGCUAUUACACGUUUCCGUUACACUAUUACGCAAUGUUUACGUUACGUUAUUAUACAACGGUUACGCUAUUACACAACGUUUACAUUACGUUAUUACACGUUUACGUUACGUUAUUACGCAAGGUUUACGUUAUUGCACAACGUUUACUUUACGUUAUUGCACACAUUUACUUUACGUUAUGGCAUGUUUACGUUACGUCAUUACACAACGUUUCCGUUACGUUAAACGGUGGCGAAAUCCCCCCCCCCCCCCCCCGACAACCCCGCCCCUCCAGAUUUGUUCCCAAUUUUUCUGUUGUUGAGAAAAUUACAAAUCUUAACAUUUUAAACCUGAAACUCGUCCCUCUUGGGCAAAAUGUACCUUGAGGUGGGGAGGGGGGGUUGGGUGUAGCACCAGGGAUGGCCAAAGGGGGGGGGGGGUGAGGGACUCAAGUUGGGGGGGAUUCACCCCCACGUCGCGUGUAAAAGCGGAGGCCCCACAACGGAUACGUGUGGAUGGUGGAACACGUUGGGCUCAUUCGUCAUCGUCAACAUUGGGAAAAGAAUUGCAACCCGGAGCCUGCCCCAGGAAUCUCGGUGGUAACCACAGGAAUCUCGGGGUAACCGCAGGAAUCUCGGUGGUAACCCCAGGGAUCUCGGUGGUAACCCCAGGGAUUUCGGUGGUAACCCCAGAAAUCUCGGGGUAACCCCAGAAAUCUCGGUGGUAACCCCAGGAAUCUCGGGGUAACCCCAGGAAUCUCGAGGUAACCCCAGGAAUCUCGGUGGUAACCCCAGAAAUAUCCGGGUAACCCCAGGAAUCUCGGUGGUAACCCCAGGAAUUCUGGGGUAACCCCAGGAAUAUCAGUGGUAACCCCAGAAAUCUCGGGGUAACCCCAGAAAUCUCGGUGGUAACCCCAGAAAUCUCGGUGGUAACCCCAGGAAUAUCGAGGUAACCCCAGGAAUAUCGGUGGUAACCCCAGGAAUUCUGGAGUAACCCCAGGAAUAUCGGUGGUAACCCCAGAAAUCUCCGGGUAACCCCAGGAAUCUCGGUGGUAACCCCAGAAAUAUCGGUGGUAACCCCAGGAAUCUCGGUGGUAACCCCAGGAAUCUCGGUGGUAACCCCAGGAAUAUCGGUGGUAACCCCAGAAAUCUCGGUGGUAACCCCAGAAAUCUCGUUGGUAACCCCAGGAAUCUCGGGGUAACCCCAGAAAUCUCGGUGGUAACCCCAGGAAUCUCGGGGUAACCCCAGAAAUCUCGGUGGUUGCCCCAGGAAUCUCGGUGGUAACCCCAGGAAUCUCGGGGUAACCCCAGAAAUCUCGGGGUAACCCCAUAAAUCUCGGUGUAACCCCAGAAAUCUCGGGAUAACCCCAGGAAUCUUGGGGUAACCCCAUAAAUUUCGGUGGUAACCCCAAGAAUCUCGGUGGUAACCACAGAAAUCUCGGUGGUAACCCCAGGAAUCUCGGGGUAACCCCAGAAAUUUCGGUGGUAACCCCAGAAAUCUCGGUGGUAACCCCAGGAAUCUCGGGGUAACCCCAGGAAUCUCGGGGUAACCCCAGGAAUCUCGGUGGUAACCCCAUAAUUCUCGGGGAUAACCAUAAGAAUCUCGGUGGUAACCCCAGGAAUAUCGGUGGUAACCCCAGGAAUAUCGGUGGUAACCCCAGAAAUCUCGGUGGUAACCUCAGAAAUCUCGUGGUAACCUCAGAAAUCUCGUGGUAACCCCAGGAAUUUCGGGGUAACCCCAGGAAUCUCGUGGUAACUACAGGAAUCUCGGUGGUAACCACAGAAAUCUCGUGGUAACCCCAGGAAUCUCGGGGUAACCCCAGGAAUCUCGGUGGUAACCCCAGGAAUCUCGGUGGUAACCCCAGGAAUUCCGGGGUAACCCCAAAAAUAUCGGUGGUAACCCCAGGAAUCUCAGUGGUAACCCCAGAAAUCUGGGUGGUUAACCCCAGAAAUCUCGGUGGUAACCCCAGGAAUCUCGGGGUAACCCCAGGAAUCUCGGGAUAACCCCAGGAAUCUCGGUGGUAACCCCAGAAUUAUCGGGGAUAACCAUAAGAAUCUCGGUGGUAACCCCAGGAAUAUCGGUGGUAACCCCAGGAAUCUCGGUGGUAACCUCAGAAAUCUCGUGGUAACCCCAGGAAUCUCGGGGUAACCCCAGGAAUCUCGGUGGUAACCCCAGGAAUCUCGGUGGUAACCCCAGGAAUUCCGGAGUAACCCCAAAAAUAUCGGUGGUAACCCCAGGAAUCUCAGUGGUAACCCCAGAAAUAUCGGUGGUAACCCCAGGAAUCUCGGGGUAACCCCAGGAAUCUCGGUGGUAACCCCAGGAAUCUCGGUGGUAACCCCAGGAAUUCCGGGGUAACCCCAAAAAUAUCGGUGGUAACCCCAGGAAUCUCAGUGGUAACCCCAGAAAUCUGGGUGGUAACCCCAGAAAUCUCGGUGGUAACCCCAGGAAUCUCGGGGUAACCCCAGGAAUCUCGGGAUAACCCCAGGAAUCUCGGUGGUAACCCCAGAAUUAUCGGGGAUAACCAUAAGAAUCUCGGUGGUAACCCCAGGAAUAUCGGUGGUAACCCCAGGAAUCUCGGUGGUAACCUCAGAAAUCUCGUGGUAACCCCAGGAAUCUCGGGGUAACCCCAGGAAUCUCGGUGGUAACCCCAGGAAUCUCGGUGGUAACCCCAGGAAUUCCGGGGUAACCCCAAAAAUAUCGGUGGUAACCCCAGGAAUCUCAGUGGUAACCCCAGAAAUAUCGGUGGUAACCCCAGGAGUCUCGGGGUAACCCCAGGAAUCUCGGUGGUAACCCCAGGAAUCUCGGUGGUAACCCCAGGAAUUCCGGGGUAACCCCAAAAAUAUCGGUGGUAACCCCAGGAAUCUCAGUGGUAACCCCAGAAAUCUGGGUGGUAACCCCAGGAAUCUCGGGGUAACCCCAGAAAUCUCGGUGAUAACCCCAGGAAUCGAGGAGUAGCUCCAGGAAUUUCUGGGCGGCCUCCAGGUGGCAGGCAGCAGGGCCGUUUGACUCUCCGUGACUUUGCUGAAAUAGGACGAGAUUUGCUUUUUUUAUUUUUUCACGCGAUGUAUUUAGUUACCUAUUUAUCUACUUCUCGACGUAUUUAUUUAUUUUUAUACCUGAAUCCCCGGCUGACCGUGUCCACGGAGAGGGAAGUCGGGGGAGAGUUGCGAGCUGAGACGGUUUUUUGGCACAGCCAUUGAAGCCCAUUCUGUUGCUGUGUUCGCAGCGAUUAAUUCUCGCUUGGGGCAUUACCGUUUACCGGGCUGUAGUCGGUUCAUCGUCAUUUUCCGCUUCAGCGGCGCGCGCGUGCACGUGUGCGCGCGCGUGGCACAAACCGAACCGCAUGGCUUGCAAUUACAGAUGAAGGACGAAAGGUCUUAAGUUCUCUCCGACGCGCGUUCGGACUCGGCACGACGGCCGACGUUUCGCUCCAGGAACUACCUAAUCAAGAUCGGGAGCCGAUUCGGUUGUUAUUUUUUUCCACUCCCGGAAGCGCGCGGAGAGAAACGUCGGACGUCGCUUCGCAGGGAGCGCUCGGUACGACCCCGGGGCAACACGCACCGGAGCGAUGCACGGCACGAACCGCGCUGCCCCCUCGGCCAGAGGCGAUGACGGAUUUGCGCCCGCGGUAGGCAGUACAGCAAGUAGGUUUACUCGGUGUCGAUCUGUGCUGCAGCAGCUGUUGAACGGUUCCGUUCUAGUCCGUGUGCGCGGUCUGUCGAACCGCUCCGGUUUCCUCCCACGCGCAAAAGUUGGCGGAAAGACGCGAGGGAGGGAUUUCUUCUCAGCUGCCCUCGUUGGGGAAAGGACAAUAAAAACCGAGGCGUCUCGAGGCUCAGGGAGGCCUUCCUGGGUGAGUGACGCAUGGCUCGUGUUCUAGACCUGACACGAGAAUGAGGUAGCUAGACCACAACCGUGUCGCCGGUAUGACAAAAAGAGGCGAUUUAAAAGAAAACGUUGAAAAAGAAUUACAAUUUCCGAGUGCCAAAUAUAGGGGUUUAAACUCACCGACGUACGCACGUGCGUUUUUGUUUGUGUUACCUUGUUAGCGACAGUUUACAGAACGGUAAAACAAGUCCAAUCAUCGUCCUCGUCAUCAAUGCUUUAAUGUGGCAUUGAUGUGGCUUUUGUGUGUGUGGGGAGGAGUGGGGAGGAGGGGGGGGGGUUAGGGUGAAAUGGUUUUGAUCAAAGUCUGAACCGUGCGGUCAGAAUUUGAGAAUCCUGCGACAGUCGGGGAUGACACUUUGAGUAGGGAACGUAUGGAGCAAGGUUGGGGGGGGGGGCAUCGUUUUGACAACAGUGGCCUCAGCAACUUUCGCCGGUUCUCAGCGUUUGCCAACGAUGGGUUUUGGUUGGCUUUUUGGCCAAAAAAAUACAGGUCCUUCCAGGCAAUAUCUUGCACAGAGAGAGAUAGAGAGAUACAGAUACACCAUACGCACCUACACAGGUGCCUCCUCAUAAAAAGUUAACAGCUAUAUUCCAAGAAUGGUUAAAUGUGUGUAUGUACGUUGAACUUAUUUUGCACCGUACGUAGCCAACCGCGCUAAUCGGAGGUGCGGGGGAAGGACAGCAAACUAAACGCAAAAAGCAGUUCUCUGAAGACAUUGAACGGUGUCUUCUUUUAAGCUGGGGUAGUGGUCGUUAAGGGAUGUUUCAAACAUUUAAUUGUCAGCGAAGUAAGUCGUAGGCCUGAGCAGGCAUGUUCAAAUCUGAAAAGGAUGAUGGCCGAUGGUCGAGACUGAUGAUGGAUUGGCAGCCAAAGGGAGGAGAACCCCCAUCGGGAAUGGGACAUCCAUCCCUUGUGAGGGAGAUGGAGCGUCGGAAUCGGCACGUGUGCAGGCGGUCGAUGGAAUUUUUCAUCGCGGGACCAUGAGGGAUGGAGAGACGCCUUGAUGAGUAGGCCUUCAUCCAGCAGUGGAGAGCUAUUGCGGGCUGAUUGUGAGGUCAGGAGAGCGGUAGCCGAUUGGCCAAAUGGCAGGUGGCGAUGCGCGUGGGUUCGUGGAUCGCACGUAGAUCACCCCCGGAGGUGGCCAUGAGGUGGCCGUAUAACAGCAAACGAGUUCACGAACUCAUCUAUGCGGACUCUUCGGUGUUUUUCCGUCGUAGGUGUGGUGGGUUUUUUCUGGGUACUCAAGUAUCCUCACACAUAUUAAGCAAAGCCCUUCUUCGUUGAAACAAUGAUUUUGCCAAACAUUCCAGUGUAUCGGGACCUUCCAGGAAAACUUGCUUUUUUUAGGUCUUGAGACUCGCGUGUGGCUUUCACGACUUUCAUAAUGGGCGCCGCGGUGGCUAGGAGAUGUUAACUCCCUCGCCUGGUAUGCAGGAGGUCGUGGGUUAGAUUCCGACCCUGACGCCUGCUGCUGUAUAUUUGGAGUUUGAAUGUUCACCCCGUGAUCACGUGGAUUUUUCUCCAAAUUUAAAAAAACAUGCAUAGAGAGUAUUUAUCUACUUUGAAUUUCCACGUGAUUUAGACACUUUGUUGAGCUAUCAUUUGCGAUGGCCAGGUUUCUUCUGAAUAAGAAACCUGAAUAAGAAACCUGGUAAAACCUGGUAAAAUAAAGAGUUUAGUUUUCAAGCAUAUUUAUUUAUUUUCAUUAAAGUUUCAUCUAUCCCAAGAUUCUACGAUACAAACAACAUGUUCCGUUCCAAAUGUUUCCCAAAAGUUAAUCGCAACCAGAGCUUAAUUUGACAAGGUAUAUUUUUCAAAAAUCUCCACCCCCCCACUCCCCCACACUCAUUUGACAGUGGGGAGGGAGCGCGGGGGAAUUGUUUUCCGGAGCUAAGGCCCCCGACAGCUCCCGACUGAAAUGAAGCCCUCGGUAUCGAACCUUCUUUGUCCUAGCGCCGACAGGUGUAGUUUACAGUUGCCCAUAACCCGGGCAGUGUGUUGUGUGCUGUAACCCGCUGUACAUAAUUAAACAAAAAAAGUGUUUAAUAAUAUUGUAAUAUUAUUACUGUAAUUGGUAACGGUGGUGGUGACAACAUUAACAAUAACGGUGCAGUGUGUGGCGUUUGUCGCUGUCCGUGUGUUUAAUCGACGUAAUUUGGGGGUGGUGGUGGAGGGGGGUGAGGUGGAAUUGCGUGAUUAAAAGU